GAAGCGCCCCGCCCCGCCCCUCAGUGCGCCGGGCUGAUUGACAGGCAGCACACCGCGAAUAUGGCAGAGCGGCAACAGCAGAAGCUCGAAGGCAGGGUGAAGAUCGGCCAUUACGUCCUCGGCGUCACUCUCGGCGUGGGAACCUUCGGCAAAGUGAAGAUCGGGGAGCACCAGCUGACGGGGCAUAAGGUGGCAGUGAAGAUCCUCAACAGGCAGAAGAUUCGCAGCCUGGAUGUCGUGGGCAAAAUCAAGCGAGAGAUCCAGAAUCUCAAACUGUUCCGGCACCCGCACAUCAUCAAGCUGUACCAAGUGAUCAGCACGCCAACAGAUUUCUUCAUGGUUAUGGAGUAUGUGUCAGGAGGGGAGCUCUUCGACUACAUCUGCAAGCAUGGACGGGUGGAGGACACCGAAGCCCGCCGCCUUUUCCAGCAAAUCAUCUCAGCUGUGGAUUACUGUCACCGUCACAUGGUGGUCCACAGGGACCUCAAACCUGAAAAUGUCCUGCUGGAUGCCAGCAAGAAUGCCAAGAUUGCAGACUUCGGUCUGUCAAACAUGAUGUCCGACGGCGAGUUCCUGAGGACCAGCUGCGGGUCGCCCAACUACGCCGCCCCAGAGGUCAUCUCGGGAAGGCUGUACGCGGGCCCAGAGGUGGACAUCUGGAGCUGUGGCGUCAUCCUGUACGCACUCCUGUGCGGCACCCUCCCCUUCGACGACGAGCACGUCCCCACGCUCUUCAAGAAGAUCAGAGGCGGCGUCUUCUACAUCCCGGAGUAUCUGACCCGCUCGGUGGCCUCGCUGCUGAUGUUCAUGCUGCAGGUGGACCCGCUGAAGAGAGCCACCAUCAAAGACAUCAGGGAGCACGAGUGGUUCAAGCAGGACCUGCCGGGCUACCUGUUCCCCGAGGACCCGUCGUAUGACGCCACGGUCUUGGACGAGGAGGCUGUGAAGGAAGUGUGCGACAAGUUUGAGUGCGCCGAGUCGGAGGUUGUUUCCAGCCUCUACAGCGGCGAUCCUCAGGACCAGCUCGCGGUGGCCUAUCACCUCAUCAUAGACAACCGCCGCAUCAUGACGCAGGCCAGCGAGUUCUACCUGGCCUCCAGUCCACCUCAGGGCUCCUUCAUCGAGGAGGGCCUGCCGCUGCCCCCGGGGGUCAAGCCCCACCCGGAGAGAAUGCCCCCGCUGCUGGCCGACAGCCCCAAGGCCCGAUGUCCCCUGGACGCCCUCAACACCACCCGGCCCAAACCGCUGGCCGUGAAGAAAGCCAAGUGGCACCUGGGCAUUCGGAGCCAGAGCCGACCCUAUGACAUCAUGGCCGAGGUCUACAGGGCCAUGAAACAACUGGGCUUCGACUGGAAGGUGGUGAACCCGUACCACCUGCGGGUGCGCAGGAAAAACCCAGUGACCGGCAACCUGGUGAAGAUGAGUCUGCAACUCUACCAGGUGGACAGCAGAUCCUACCUGCUCGACUUCAAGAGCAUCGACGAUGACCUCAUCGAUGCGGUGGGCUUCAAGUCGGGCUCGUCCACCCCCCAGCGGUCCGGCUCGACGGCGGGCCUGCAUCGGCCGAGGCUCAGCUUGGACUCGGUGGAUGUGCCUCAACUCAGCUCGUCGCUGCCGGGCUCGCUGGGCGGCAGCUCGCCGGCGCUCACCCCGCGCCAGGGUUCGCACACCAUGGACUUCUUCGAGAUGUGCGCCAGCCUCAUCACCACACUGGCCCGCUGACCACCCAUCCCCCCUCCACCGGCUGUGAAGACGCAGGGAGACAAUCAGAUCAGAGCUUUUUCUCAAAGUGUUGCACCCGAGUCCUGAUGUCAAGCUGAUCCAGGAACAGGAAGGUGAGCACUCGGCACCUUUUUUUUUUUCCCCACCUGAGGGAACAUCCCAAACUGAUCAGAGGUUAGUUUGUGGUCUGAUGGAGCACAUGAAGAUUAUCCACGUAUAUUGUAUUUCUCCCACUAUGUAGCGAACAAAAUCACUUUAAAUAAAUGAAAAUAUUUA